CUGUGUAAGGUGAGUGUCCUUGUAUCUGUGCUUGGUGUUGGCAGCUGCCUGUAGUCACAUGAGGGCAGGUGGGUGAUGGAAAUCUGGUCUCAUUCAUUCAACAAAUGUUUUUUCUAAGGUGUUACUAUGUGCAAGGAACAAAGCUAGGUCCUGGGAUGUAAUAAAAUAAUGUGUGUGUGGGGUGCCAUCUUCUGAGAUUAUCAGAGGGUGAGACCAUCAAGAGUAAAAAUAAGACAGAACAUAUUUAGUAAUACAACUAGGAAACAGAGGGUUGUGGGAGCUCAGGUGAGACUUAACCUGGCUUGUGGUGCUACGGAAGGCUUCCUGAAGAGAUGACAUCUAAGAUAAGUACUGAAGGAUGAGUCGUUUUUGCAAGCCAGGAGAGAGUGAAUAUUAGCGUGCAGAACAGUGGACAGAGGAGGCUCUAGAAGUCGUCCUGGCUAAAUCACAGGGGGGCAUGUGCAGGGCAGGGACUUCUGGUGGUUUGAACUUGUUUCUGAGCACAAUUGGGACACACUGGGGAGACUGGACCUAGAGAGGACUAAGGCUCUUAGAGCGCCGAUUCCUGGGAAUCGGCUCCAUUUGGUGCCUGUGACCAGGGCCCCGGUGAGUCCUUAGCUAGAGAUUUCGAGCCCCUUAAGGGAGUUGUCGCAGGAUCCCCACAAAGGCUACCGGCGUUUCUGAACAACCGCGCAACCUCGGGGGCCGGAUAGUUACAGGUAAUCGGCCAGUCUCAGAAGAGCCCCAGGACUGGCUCGAGUGUGCAGCCGCCCCGGAAAUGACGCGCGGCCCCGCUGGCCGUGCGGAAGUGGAGAUGGCGGAGCUGUACGUGAAGCCGGGCAACAAGGAGCGCGGCUGGAACGACCCGCCGCAGUUCUCAUACGGGCUGCAGAACCAGAUUGGCUGGCCCAAGCGCACGCCACUCACAAAAAGAGUCGCCGCCCCCCAGGAUGGAUCCCCCAAAGUCCCUGCCUCAGAGACUUCUCCUGGGCACCCCCCAAUAGGACCUCCACCUCCUUCAAGUAAGGCUCCCAGGCUGCCAUCUAUGGGAGGAUGUCCCACCUCUGGUUUGGAACCUACAAGUUUUCCAGUCAUGGAGUCUGAGACUGUGCUGGAGGAUGUGCUGAGACCUUUGGAACAAGCACUGGAGGACUGCCGUGGCCACAUGAGGCAGGUAUGUGAUGACAUCAGCCGACGCCUGGCACUGCUGCAGGAACAGUGGGCUGGAGGGAAGCUGUCAAUACCUGUAAAGAAGAGGAUGGCUCUGCUGGUGCGAGAGCUUUCAAGCCACCGGUGGGAUGCAGCAGAUGACAUCCACCGCUCACUCAUGGUUGAUCAUGUGACUGAGGUCAGUCAGUGGAUGGUGGGAGUUAAAAGAUUAAUUGCGGAAAAGAGGAGUCUGUCUUCAGGGGAGGAAGCCACUGAAGAGAAAUCUGCAGCUGAAGAGAUCCAGACCUUCUCGGCCUUCCUCCGGGCUCCAUAAUCCUGUGGGUUCCCCAGACUCAGUUCACAUCAUCUCUGCCUUGGUGUGGGAGGCCUUCUCUCACUUGACUCCGUACUACCAAGGAGACUGUCUGCCUUAUUGGGGUCUUUGGCCUGACUCACUUUUUGGGGAAGAGGUCCCACCUGGGCCAUGGGGAGAUCAGUUGUUAUUCGUAGCAUAUGCAUUUCAAUAAAAACAACUCAAUGGUGGGCUCUUGGUAGGAGAGAUGAGCCCUUCCUAUGCCAAA